AUCGGCAAGCUGGGCCUCGUCAGCCCUGUCUACCUCUUCCUCUGGCCCGACGCCUUCAUCAACCGCUUCCAGAUCUGGCGGCCGAUAACUGCAACUUUCUUCUUCCCAGUGGGACCUGGAACAGGAUUUCUCUACUUGGUGAAUUUGUAUUUCUUGUAUCAAUAUUCGUCACGAUUAGAAACAGGAGCUUUUGAUGGAAGGCCAGCAGAUUACAUGUUCAUGCUCCUGUUUAACUGGAUCUGCAUUGUUAUAACUGGCUUGGCGAUGGACAUGCAGUUGCUGAUGAUUCCACUCAUCAUGUCAGUACUUUAUGUGUGGGCCCAGCUAAACAGAGACAUGAUUGUAUCGUUUUGGUUUGGAACAAGAUUUAAGGCCUGUUACCUUCCAUGGGUUAUUCUGGGAUUCAACUACAUCAUUGGUGGAUCAGUCAUCAAUGAGCUGAUAGGAAAUCUGGUUGGCCACCUGUAUUUCUUCUUAAUGUUUAAAUAUCCAAUGGAUUUGGGAGGAAGGAAUUUUCUGUCCACUCCUCAGUUCCUGUACCGCUGGCUGCCAAAUAGGAGAGGAGGAGUGUCGGGGUUUGGUAUCCCACCCCCUAGCAUGAGAAGAGCUGCAGAAGACCAGCAGGGUGGUGGAAGACACAACUGGGGCCAAGGUUUCCGGCUAGGUGACCAGUGAAAAACUCCUGCUCUUGGAAAACAGCAACUCUUUGGUUUUAAUUGGACGUAGAACUGACCCUGGUGCAGAGCAUGCUUAAGAACUGAGCUCUCUGUCGUACUGUUGGAUUUCACUGAUUAGAAACAAUGUUUCUGGUUCAAGAGAAAAUGGAAAAACUCCAGAAGGGAAAAAUGUAGAUCUUGCUCCAGGUUAGCCAGUAGUGUUGGAUUUGAUUCUACCAUUACAAAAGCCUUCUUUAUACAGUAUUGUCUGUCUGUCGCAACGGGCAUCCAUUAUGCCAUCUUGUUCCGUGAUGUGAUGGAACAAGCUAAUUGUGUUCUGUCUUGCCUGGUAGGCUAAAAGCUUGGUUGACCAUGGUAAGGUAAGAACCCAGUGCGAGGCAGAUGGAUCAAACUAACCCCAAAGUCUAGGAAGCUGACUUUUUCCAUAGCUGCGCUUAGGUCCCAGGAUCUUUGGAAACAUUAUUUAAGUGGUAUCUCUCUGCUGCAUUCAUAAAGCAAAGUGCAAAUCUGUCAUUUCCAUUAUUAA